GAUCAGAUGAAAUGAAGGAAGGGUCCAUCCUGAAAAAAGAAAAAUCAAAAGUUUAAUAGUCAAGCACCCAAAGGAUAAGGAAAGGAAUCGUCAGUUUCUUUGAGAAUGGGCCUUUCUGCUUCCGCUUAUAGCGAAUGAUGAUAUGAUUGCAUGCUAUAAGUGGUUUCAGAACCAGAAUUCUGAUCAUUCCGUUUUAUAUCAGAUGAGAUUAAACGGGAGAAAAUAUUACGUGAAAUAUCCAAAUAAAAAAGAAUUAUACGAAGGAAGGUGGGUAAAUUAGUCAUUUACCCGACUAUGAAUAAGAUAUGAUCUCAUGGGCAGCGGGAGCACAUGCCAAAAUAUUUGUGGCAACGGUUUUUGCCGUAACACUCAAGCCUUUCCUCUUUCUUAGAUUAGAUAUAAACACUGUUCUUUGUCUCUUUCCUUGGUUGCUAAGUGCAACGCUGAAACUAAAACAACCCCUUAGAAGACAACAUUAACUACUGUAAUCCCACUUCUUUGAAACCUCAAAGCAAAAUCUUUGUUUUAGUUAAUGGCUCAAUUCACCCCACAAGGACGUUUGAAGCUGCUCUUUCAUGGUGAUGGGGUGGAACCAAAGGACCCUUUUCAUUACAAGCUUGUCAGCAAUGUUUUUGGUGGUUCUGGUGGGCUAAAAUCACUUCAAACUCAUAAGGGCAUGCUCAGAUUCCUUGGUUCUACUACUAGAAGAAGCCACUUUUCUUCUUCUUUGAAGAAAGGCAGCAAAUUUAAUGCCACGGCAAGCCUGAAUGUGAGUGAUGAAGGACUUUAUGAUGAAGAGGAUUACGAUAGUGAGUUUGGGACUGAUGAGUUGUCUUGUUUUAGAGGUCUUGUUUUGGAUAUCUCUUACAGGCCAAUCAAUGUUGUUUGCUGGAAGCGUGCUAUAUGUUUGGAGUUCAUGGAGAAGGCUGAUGUUCUAGAGUAUUAUGAUCAGACUGUGAACUCCCCAAGUGGAUCCUUCAACAUACCAGCUGUCUUAAGGAUUCCCCAUCUUCUGCAAGUUGUUAAGAGACAAAGAAUCAACAUCAAUCUAAGUCGCAAAAAUAUUCUAUUUAGAGACAAGUUCACUUGUCAGUAUUGUUCUGCUCAUGAUAACUUGACCAUAGACCAUGUUCUUCCAGUUGCAAGAGGUGGUGAAUGGAAAUGGGAAAAUCUGGUCGCUGCUUGUGCCGAGUGCAAUUCAAAGAAAGGUCGAAAAACUCUAGAGGAAGCAAAUAUGAAGCUGAUUAAGGUCCCCAAGGCCCCUAAGGAUUAUGACAUACUUGCGAUACCUCUAACAAGCGCCGCAAGAAUGAUGUUGAGGAAGAGAAAUGGUACACCAGAAGAAUGGCGUCAGUAUCUCUCCUCUUCCAUAGAGCCUUAGGCUCCAUCUAUGCAGCCUCUUGUACAUUCUUAUAUUUUCCUACAUAUCAGAUAAGUCCUCACUUCUAAAUUGCAUUCAAAACUUGUAUCAUAUUUCGACUUCUAAUUCACAAAAUGAAUGCAUUCAUUUAGAAUUUUCUUUGGCAAUGUUUUAAGGCCAAACGCUUGAUCCCCUAAAACCAGUUAACUAUAUCAUUGUAUCAUGUUACCGACAAUCAUUCUGAGAAAGCUCUGUACUAUUUUUACUUUUGUUUCUUUUUCAUGUGUGAAUGUGCUUCUUGAUCUUUGACUUGUAGAAUUAGUCAUUGAUGAGAUUUGCAAACACCUAGCUGUAAACCUAUGAUGUUCCCAACCCUUCAUUUUGUUUGAA